UAACAAUAAUACAUUGAAAUUGUUCGUUUUACUUUUGACAUUUUGAUAAAAACCACACUAAAUUGGGUGCACAAACAAAUGUGCUAAUCUACGGAAGAAAAUUUCAAUGGCCAAAAGAAAGAGCGAGGCAUAAAUGUGGGAAAUUUAACUGGUGGAUGUUCUUAGAGAAUUUCCUUUUUCUGUUCCAGACUCCUGAGGGCGCUCAGACAGUUACACUACUUGUCGUCCAGAAAAAUGCAGCUGAGCCGCGGCCGGAGAGUGGGCGUGUACUUGUGUUUGUCAUGUCAUCAGGGAAGUAGUCAACUUGCUCAGGAUUUCUUCCAGCAGUAAUCAUUUAGAAGUUGAACAUAUCAUCUUUUAAAUCACACAAAAAGCUGACACUUGUGCGUAGACAAGGAUGGCUUUAUUGAUGAAGCAGCCGUUUUGUCUCGAUGACAUCAGAGCUGCAGAGCAGCGUAUCAAGGGAAUUACCAACGUUACCCCUGUCAUGACAUCACGGCGAAUGGAUGCCAAAGCGGGGACAAAUCUAUUCUUCAAAUGUGAGCUGCUUCAACGGACGGGGUCAUUCAAGUUCCGUGGAGCUGUAAACUUCUUAUCUAAACUCAAGGAAGAAUCGAAAGGCAAAACCCUACCCUGUGUAACGACCCACAGUAGUGGAAACUUUGCCCAGGGACUCGCUUUAGCAGCUCAAAUACUCGGCUUCAAGGCAUAUGUGGUCAUGCCAGAUGUGGCCCCAGAGUGCAAGCAGGACGCAGUGAAGGAAUACGGAGCAGAGCUUGUACUGUGCCAAUCUACUGAACAGGGGCGAAUCGAUGCUAAGGAUGCUGUUGUUAAAGAGAAGGGUGCUUUGUAUAUAUCCACCUCACAGGACCACGUCAUCAUGGCAGGGCAAGCAACUAUAUGUACAGAGCUUUUGCAACAGACAGACAACAAACUUGAUGCCAUCGUUGUACCUGUGGGUGGAGGUGGGAUGUUAGCUGGAGCUCUCGUAGCAGCAAAGAGCUUGUGCCCAGGCAUCAGAGUAAUUGCAGCCGAACCUGAACUAGCCAAUGAUUGCUACCAGUCGUUUGUGGCUAAGAAACACAUCAGGCAAAGUCAUUUCCCCAGCACAGUCGCAGACGGUCUACGCAUAUCCGUCGGCAACGUAGCCUGGCCAAUCAUAAGAGAUCUGGUUGAUGAUGUCAUCACAGUGACGGAGGAUGAGAUCAAGGAAGGUACAAGGCUCGUCUGGAAGAACAUGAAGCUGUGCAUCGAGCCUUCAGCGGGAGUAGGUGUGGCUGCCAUUAUGUCUGAGAAUUUCAAAUCCAAGUAUGGCGAUUUGAAGAAUGUUGGAGUCAUUCUUUGUGGAGGAAAUUAUGACAUUGACGCAGUUAAAACCUGGAUCUAGGUUAACAUACUAAACCUAUUGAUUUUGAAUGUAAUUACAUUACUAACUCAGCAAGCUAUAGCUUGAGUAAGGGGGGGGGGGGGUCAUGGAUUCCACACCAGCAGUUAUGUGUCUUAUUGAUGAUUUCUCAAAAAGUGUGAUCUCUUAAGAGGUUCUGAUUUUUCUACACCUAAAAGUUGGGAAAAAGUAUGAAUUCUUAAGACCACUCCCCCCGGCCCAUGGAUUCAGUAUCAUUAUGACAAUUUCAGGUAUGGUAAAACAUUUGUUUGCUGAAAUGGAAUACAAUAACUAUGAGGGACAAAUGAAGAGACGAUGAACACAGGUGUUUCAUAUAACACAAGUUUACUUUGGUGACCUCAUGAUCCGCAAUGCGCUCUUGGGGAAUCUGCAUAGCACUACACCGAGCAUAUUUCGCAAUCCAACAAUACAUUUGGGAAGAGCUUCAGUUCAUCAUGUGCCUUUUUUCGGCUUUCUAUAAUCUUUCACAAUUAUUAUUGGUACUAUGAAAAAAGGAAUUUAGGAUGUUUGUUAGGAUAAAAACUUACUUGGUAAUGAGCAAUGGAGAGCUAAUGAUAGUAUAAAACACUGUGAGAAACGGCUCCCUCUG